AUGGCUGCGGCGUCGGCUCUGGUGUCUGAGGACAGUCUUCUUUGUCCCGUCUGUCUGAGUGUGUUCACUAAACCUGUGUCGAUUCCCUGUGGACACAACUUCUGUAUGAACUGUAUCACAGACUACUGGAGCACCCUGUCUGUACUCCAAUGUCCACUGUGCAAAGAGACGUUUUACACCAGGCCGUUGCUUCGGGUUAACCCUGUCAUUGCUGAAAUGGCAGAAAAGGUUAAAAAAUCUCUUCAAGAAAUGUUGAGUUCAGCUGAACGAGCAGGACAUGAAGACGUGCUCUGCAGCAUCUGUGCAGGGUCCAAGGUCAGAGCCCUGAAGUCCUGUUUAAUGUGUUUACUGUCCUACUGUCAAACACAUCUGGAGCCUCAUCAGAGGAUUUCAGCUUUGAAGAAACACAAGCUGAUCGAUCCAGUUCAGAACCUGGAGAGCAGAAUAUGUCGGGAUCACGGUGAGCCUUUGGAGCUGAUCUGCAGACUGGAUCAAAGGUUUCUGUGUCAGUCCUGUAAAUGCAGUGACCAUAAAACACAUGAAACAGUGAGUCUGGAGGACGAGGCUGAGAUGAGGAAAUCCCAGCUGAGAUUAGACAAUAACAGCAUGGAUCAGAUGAUCCAGGAGCGUGAGCAGAAAAUCCAGGAGCUUCAACAGUCAGUGAAGACCAGCAGAAGUAAAGCUGAGGAGGCGUUAUCGUACAGCAGGAAGGUGAUGACCGCUUUGGUGCAGCACAUAAAGACAGAGUUCACCAGACUGUCUGAGACGAUCGAGACGAAGCAGGAAAUAAAUGAGACGGAGGCAGAAAGCUUUAUUGAUGAGCUGCAGGCAGAGAUUACACACAUGAAGAAGAAGAAGCUGCAGUUUCAUGAAGCUUCGCUCAUCAGAGACCCCUUCAGCUUCCUGGAGAACGUCCUCCCUCUUACCUACAAUAAGCCCCAGCUGCAGGACUGGUCUGCUGUGACUGUAACCAGUGACCAGUUCAUGAUUCAGGAGACCCUGGCCGAGCUGGAGACAAAAGUCAGAGAAGAAGUCAGCACGCUCUAUGAUGUAAACUUCAGAGAUGGGAAAGAACAAAGGUAUGAUCUGAAUGUUUUCAUGGCUUGGUCCAGAUUUGGGUUCUCCUUGAAACACAACCAAAGAAACAGAAGUUUGGAACAAGAAUCACUGUUGGAAAAAAAUCCAAACAAGACAAACAGAACCAUCUUACUGGUGGGAGAAACAGGAGCAGGAAAAUCCACACUGAUCAACGCUCUGCUCAACUACACCAUGGGAGUGAAGUGGGAGGAUAGAGUCUGGUUUAUGAUCGCAGAGGAGGAGAGAAGAAGUCAGACAUCAGAUGUGAUCGUGUACGAGAUCUUUGGUUUUGAAGAUGUAACUCUGCCCUACUCUCUGACCAUCAUCGAUACUCCUGGAUAUGGAGACACCAGAGGGAUCGAACAUGAUGACAUCAUCAGUCACAGAUUAUUGGACUUGUUUCGAUCAGAGGAUGGAGUCCAUGAAGUUCAUGCAGUGGGUCUGGUGAUGAAGGCGAGUGUGAAUCGACUGAGUGACCGACUGAAGUACGUCUUUGAUUCAGUGAUGUCUCUGUUUGGAAAGAACUUGGAGAAAAACAUCAUAGCUCUGAUCACACACUCAGAUGGAAGCAGGCCUAAAAACCCUCUUCAAGUUCUUGAAGCUGCAAACAUUAAAUGUGCCAAAAAUGAGGACAGUCAGCCUGUUUACUUCCUGUUUAAUAACUGCCAGCAUGAAGAGCGAAUGGAGGAAAACACAAAUUUUAGAAAUUCAUGGGAACUUACACAGACAAACAUGGAUCAUUUGACAGACUUGUUGGGAAAAUCGAAUCCUCAAAAACUGGUGAAAACAGCCGAAGUGUUAAAUGAACGAAUAAGACUGAAAGCCUGCAUCCAAAACCUGGAAGACAGAAUCGAGCUGGCUGAACUGAAACAGACAGAAAUCAGACAGAUCCGAGAAGCUCUGAAGCAGACGAAUCACAGAAAUAAAAUGGAAAUUGAGAAAUUAUUGAGUCUUUUGGAAAAUCUUGAAAAGGAAAUGAAAGUGUUGACAGCAGAAAAGGAAAAGUGGCUAAGUGACUCCUACCAGCAUGCUGUCAGACUGGAGGAAAUCGCUCUGAAAGCUGAUUCAGCAUCCACUGUUGUCCACUUGGACUUCCUGAUUGAGAAGAUGAAGGAGGAAGGAGACACGGACAAGGUCCAGAAACUGGAGGAGAUGAGGAGAGAGGAUGGAGGAACCAAGAAGCAGUGCAAGCUUAAACGAACACCAUCACCAACAUUGGGAGACCCUUCCCCUGGCAUACGUGAAACAUGUAAAGAACCAUCAGGCAGAUGGUACUGAUGCUGCUCCAUGUUCAGAUGUACACAGAUGUUGAUUGUUGAUGUGGACAUGAGGGCCUCCUUCUAAGACGGGAACAUCAUGUAUGCUUUCAUAUUUUAUCCAGUUACAAAUAUCAAUUCUCAUGUUAAAAAAUACUUAUUAUUGAUAUACAUGUAUUUCACACAGAUAUUUGUACUUAUGCACAUGACAAGUAUUACUACAUAAACUCCACAGUCAGUUAUUAUGCAGAGCAGUGCUGCCAGCUGUGCUGUAAAUGCAGUGAGGGCGCCCCCUGCUGUUUAACGAUCAGUACAACAGUGUGUGAGAACAGCUCCCUGCUGCUCUGACGUCACAAACUAAACUCUGUGUUCUCCACAAUUACAUGUGUUUCUGUCACGUUGUUCUAAUGUUGUUCUACUGUUGUCAGUGUGAGCUUUAUCCUGCUGCUCCUCUCAUGCUGACUCAGUAAACUGGUUGUGGGACAGUAACGGUCACUGACACGAUCCAGAGACAGUCCAACAUGUUGUUGUCUUUCAGUGAGUGCAGAGGAUGUUGGAGACACUGAACUCAGACAAAGUGUGGAAAUAAUCCAACUUUGACUCUUCAGUGUUUCUGAGUCCAGUCCUGAAAU